UUUUUCCAGCCACCAUGGCGCUCAGAUACCUUCUUCUGCUGUUUGUCCUCAAUGGAGCCGACAGCUCUCGUAUUGUUGGAGGCCGAGAUGCCGCCCCCCACUCACGGCCCUACAUGGCCUCGGUGCAGUUUAGAGGUCGCCAUUUCUGUGGGGGAGCACUAGUGAGAGAGGACUUUGUGCUCACAGCAGCACAUUGUGAGACACUUGAGUUACACACAGUCGUGCUUGGGGUUGAUUCCCUGAGCAGUAAUGAAGCUACAAAGCAGCAGUUCAUUGUUGUCAGAGUCUUCCCGCAUCCAAAAUAUGAUGGAACAAACAAUGAUCUCAUGCUCCUCAAGCUGAACCGCAGGGCCCAACUGUCUGAAGCAGUGCAGGUGAUCUCUCUGAAGCCAGGCAAGCUGGAAGGUGUGAGCCAGUGCAUCACGGCAGGCUGGGGGGAUAUAGGGGAUAACAACACCUUACCAAACAGGCUUCAGGAGGUCAACGUCACCACCCUGCCGCAAAGGACAUGUGAAAAGAGAUGGGAACCACUUUCUGUCGCAAGCUCAAUGGUUUGCGGUGUGGGGGACCACCGCUUGCAAGGAUUCUGCACAGGAGAUUCAGGUGGACCGCUCGUGUGUGAUGGAGCUGCAGCAGGUGUUAUCUCCUUCUCUGGGAGGCGAUGUGGAGACCCCAGUAAGCCUGAUGUCUACAUGCGCAUAUCUUCUUACCGGGCAUGGAUUCAAAACGUGUUAAAGAACAAUUAGGACAGUGAAUUUAAUUGAUAAUGGGUCACAAUUCUUGAGUGGAUUAUAGUGCUGUAGUUGUGAUGAGGAUAAUCAUGAUUUUUGGUCAUUCUGCACUCAUCAUAAUUUUCUUUUUGCUGUGCAGUAUGCUUGUUGAAUAGAUUAGGAAAGGUUGAAUUUAAAUUUGCA